GCCCAUCCCUCGAGCACCCUAAGGCCACUCGCAGGCCAUCCCACGACCACCUGGCGACCACUCGCGGCCUCGCCUCCCUCGCCCCCACCCCUGCGGCCGCCGCGCUCCAUUGAUUCGAGUUGGCGCCGCUGGUUUCCAGAAGCAGUGUAUUCUGGCAACCUCUUCCUUAGGUUCCCCCUAAAGGAUUCAAAGCGUCUGAUCCAGUGGUUAAAAGCUGUUCAGAGGGACAACUGGACCCCUACUAAGUACUCUUUCCUCUGUAGUGAGCAUUUCACCAAAGACAGCUUCUCCAAAAGGCUGGAGGAUCAGCACCGCCUGCUCAAGCCCACAGCCGUGCCCUCCAUCUUCCACCUGACUGAGAAGAAGAGGGGGUCUGGAGGCCGUGGCCGCAGCAGGAGAAAGGACACCAAAAAGGCCUCAGGGGGCCUGAGGGGACGUGCAAGUGAAGCUGAUGGGAAAGGGGAUGCAGGUUCAUCAUCGCCCUCAAGUGAGAACCUGAUAGUUAAGCCAGAGUCCUGCAAGUUGAAGCGGAUUUCCCUGAAGAGUGAAGCCACCAGUGAGGAGCAGGCUACGCAGGGACCCCCAGCUGAUGCUCUGGCCACGAAAGCCUCAGGCAGCCAGGCUGAAGCAAAUGGGCCUGCAUGUGAUGCUGUUGAGAGCAGCAUCACCCCGAACAAGGACCUGGUGGAUAAGAGUGGCAUCUCCAUGGAUGACUUUACCCCCCCAGGAUCUGGGGCCUGCAAAUUCAUUGGCUCACUUCACUCUUACAGUUUCUCCUCCAGGCACACCCGAGAGAGGCCAUAUGUCCCCCGGGAGCCUGUGGACCGGAAGAGGCCGAAGAGAGACACGGAGCCUGGCUGCAGUGGGACCAGCCUGGGGCAGAGCCCCCCAAGUUCAUCUCUGACUGCGACACCACAGAAGUCCUCCCAAAGUCCCUCUGCCCCUCCGACAGACGUCACCCCAAAGCCAGCCACUGAGGCUGUGCAGAGCGAGCACAGCGACGCCAGCCCCAUGUCCAUCAACGAGGUUAUUCUGUCAGCUUCGGGUGCCUGCAAGCUCAUCGACUCGCUGCACUCCUACUGCUUCUCUGCGCGGCAGAACCGGAGCCGGGCUUGCUGCCUUUGGAAGCAGGUGGAAAAGAAGAACGGUGAGCUCAGGAGCCUACGCCAGCGUGUCAGCCGCUCCGACAGCCAGGUGCGCAAACUGCAGGAGAAGCUGGACAAACUGCAGAGAGGAAGCAUGCUGAGCCUGAGCAGCCUGCCAGCACCCGGCCGUGAGUCUCCCAAGAUGAACCCAGUGGUGGAGCCGCUGUCCUGGAUGCUGGGCACCUGGCUGUCAGACCCGCCGGGAGCUGGGACCUUCCCAACACUGCAGCCCUUCCAGUACCUGGAGGAGGUGCACAUCUCCCACGUGGGCCAGCCCAUGCUCAACUUCUCAUUCAACGCUUUCCACCCGGACACAAGGAAGCCCAUGCACAGAGAGUGCGGCUUCAUCCGGCUAGAACCCGACACCAACAAGGUGGCCUUCGUCAGCGCCCAGAACACAGGCAUUGUGGAGGUGGAGGAGGGCGAGGUGAACGGGCAGGAGCUGUGCAUCGCAUCCCACUCCAUCGCCAGGAUCUCCUUUGCCAAGGAGCCCCACGUGGAGCAGAUUACCCGAAAAUUCAGGCUGAAUUCUGAAGGCAAACUUGAACAGACAGUCUCCAUGGCAACCACUACCCAACCCAUGACUCAGCAUCUUCACAUCACCUACAAGAAGGUGACCCCAUGACCCAGAGCAGAGCUUCAUCCUGGCCAUGUGUGUCAGGAUGUGACACUAGGCUUCUCACAGACGCCGCAGCAGCAAGUGUGGGUGUGGCUGCAGCUCCCAGGGGGAUCAAGGGUAUUGCCCCGUGUUCCUGUAAUGGCAUAGAAAAACCAAAUAAAAGGCCUUUAUUUUUA